UUCUUUUUCUGGGUGCCAGAACCAAUAUCUGUGAUGGAUUCUGCAGAAGAUCAUUCUGAGAAACUUGUUAAUGAAGAUACAAGUGGGAGUAACGAUGAUACGGACAGUGUGUGUAGUGACAGUGAGAAAACGGGGUUCACUGCAACAAAGGAAGAUGAGGACAGAGGGAGUACGAUCAACACUGAUGAAAAGGAUAAGAUCAGUGACAAAGUGGGAGCAGCUGUUUUGCGGAUGCUUAAAGAAGAGGUAGAUAGAGAAAAAGAAGUCAAAGACAUAGAUUACAGUAGCACUGAAGAAGUGAAACAGGAAGCAUCACAAACUGAAGAUGAAGAUUUCAGAGUUGUCCAGCACAGACGUGAUCCCCGAAGCCAUGAAAUGAGAAAACGUCCUGACUUUCUGAGGAAGUUGAGGGGACAUGUUGGGGCAUCCCUGUCGAAGGCUUCGUGUGUCAAUCUGUUAAAAGACUUUGUUGAGUCUGAAUUCUUUGUGAUAGAUGGAGAUUCCUUGCUACUUAUGUUUAUAGAGAAGAAAACACAAUAUCUAGACUUCUUCUACCAAAUUGAAUACUUUCUGCAGGAUUUCACUGAAAAAGGAGCAAAAUAUGUCAUUACUUUCUUCAAGGAUGCAGAACAGAUGUUCUUUCAGGAUCCUCAUUUUCUUUUCUUACGUACUGCACUAAUAGAACACCUGAGGCACAAUACAAGCGUAACUGUUCAUACAGAAUUUUCCAAUUGUUUAUCAUCCGAAUGGGAGAUUUUCCUGAAGCAAAGCUAUCCUUACUUCAUCAUCGUAUCUGACACAGGAUUGAGCUCUGACCAAAAAGACUUUUUAUUUAUUUUAAUUGCUCAUUCAUUGUCAAAGAAAAUCAAUGUUGUGCUUGCUUCAGGACAGGAGUAUGAUCUUCUUAGAGUUUAUGGAUAUCAAGUUCAGAGUGUAUAUAAACACAUAUUAUUUUUUCAAGAGAAUGAACAAGAUCUGCGAUGCACCUGUGAAAAACUAAUCAGGCACAAAAAACCAUUGAUGCGUCUAUAUCACCCUCUCAAGCUGAAACUGAAAAGUAUACAAAAAGAGGUUUGCCAAGCUAUCCAUUUGUUGAAACGACUGUGGCCUGAAGGAUCUGAUAUUCGCCGUGUGGUCUGUGUUCUUGCUUGUGCCGUGGGAUUAAAAAUACACAGCAGCAUGUUGGGAAAUGCAAAUACUCCUAUGGGAGCAAACAGAAAGCGAUCAGCAAGAGUAAGAAGAAGUAAAUGCCUAUCUCCAGAAGAAGCAGCUGACCUCUGCAGGAUGCAAUGUCUCACAGUGACUUUUCUUCUUCAUAUGCCUCUUUCACAGAGGGCUCAGAUUAGGGCCAUGAAAUUGCGCUGGACAAAGCAAGUUUUACCACUGAUAAAAAUGCAACAGUUGUGUAUGCAUUUUGCUCUGGUACAGCUAUGUGACACAAACAAUUGGAAAUUGGAUUUGACUUACCUGCCUGAUUUAAAUGAUGAUUUGCUGCUCAUAAAUCUUGCACAUUACUAUGAGGUCGAAUACCCUAAAGGAUUGGAGUUCCAAAAGGAUUUGGGGAAAGAAAUGGAGAAUGAGUACCAAUUUUUAUGGGACACUGUAAAAAAGUUGGCUGUGAAAUACAGUUUUGGAGAUGCUUUCCCAGUACGAAGAACAUCCCAAGUAUUUCUUGAACAGGAGCAGACAUUAUUUAGAGUCUAUGAAGAAGAAAUUCCUAACGUUGGACUAAUUCCAGUGAAAUCUGAUAUUGUUCAAGAUUAUGUUGGAGAUAUUUUGAAAGACCUACCUGUUUUAAAAAGCAAUGACCCUGCAAUUAAUUCACUUAUUAAAUACAAGGAAUUCGAUGAACUUUAUCACUGGCAUUCUGAUAGACCUUUGACUGAGGACUUUGAGCGAGCGCCGUGCAGUGCUGAUGCAAAAUCCGAAAGUCCAGACGAAGGAAGGGAAAUACGGAAGUUACGGAAUUUUCGUCACUUUUAUGGAAGCACUCUGGUAGACAGCCCUCCGAAACUUAUUGUAUGUCAAGAGGAUGUGUCAGAGAAUGCUAAUUCUGCUGUCAAAAAGGCACAAAAGAAGCACAAAAGUGAAGUGGAAGUAACUGUAAAGGAAAACAUCAGGCCACUAAAAGCUAAGGAAGAAAAAAAAGAACAGAAGAAAUGGCAAGCCUUAUCUAUGACAACUGUAAAGGAAAUAAAAGAAAACCAGACUGUUGGAAUAAAUAAAUUGGAGAAGUUUCUCAAGACCCUUAAAAGUAAAUCUGUGAAGUUCAGCGUAGAAAUGACAGCACUCUCUGCCUGUUUAAAAGUCUGGAAGAAACACUGCAAAGAGCAAGGAAACAAAUCUAAAGAUUUAAACAAAGCUGUUCAAGUCAUGAGGAGAAUUCAUAUCCUUCUUGAGAAAUAUCAAGAUUUCUUGGAGGAACCAGAUCUACAAAAGCUGACCAAAUGUCUGAAACUCCUUGGAUUUGAGAAUUUAGCAUGCUCUCUAUCUGGCCAGACAGGAGAAAGCAGCAAUCAGAAAAGAUGCAAAUAUGCUACUGAAGUGGGUUCAGCUCGCUUUCAGCUACAAUACAUGGAUUGUUACUUGCUCAGAGAAGAGAGAAAUGAUCCAGAUCCCCGAGUGGAACAUUUCAUACCAGACACAUGGCAGCGAGAACUUCUUGAUGCUGUAGAUAAUAAUGAAUCUGCGGUGAUUGUUGCUCCCACUUCCUCAGGAAAAACAUAUGCAUCAUACUAUUGCAUGGAAAAAGUUCUGAAAACGAGCAAUGAAGGAGUAGUUGUAUAUGUUUCUCCUACAAAGGCCCUUGUAAACCAAGUGGUAGAAACUGUAUGCAGUCGAUUCACCAAGAACCUUCCAAAGGGAUUGACAAUGUGUGGAGUUUUUACACGGGAUUAUCGCCAUGAUGUCAUGAACUCUCAGAUACUAGUGACAGUGCCUCAAUGCUUAGAAAUCUUGAUGCUGUCUCCUCGUUGCCAGAAAUGGGCCCAACGAAUACAGUAUGUUAUAUUUGAUGAGGUCCAUUGUCUUGGCAGUGAAAUUGGAGCAGAGGUUUGGGAACAUCUUCUGAUGACAAUUCGAUGUCCAUUUUUGGCACUCUCUGCUACUGUCAGUAACCCAGAACACCUAACUGAGUGGUUACAGUCUGUGAAGAGGUAUUGGCAACUUGCUGAGAAUACAACAGAAGGAAGCUCUGCAAACUCUGAAAAGAACUUUACAAGAAAAUGUAAAGUGAAAUCUAAAGUACAAGAACAAAAGAAAUCGUAUCGUGUUAGACUAGUCUUGUAUGAAGAAAGAUACAAUGAUUUGAAAAAAUAUUUGUGUUCUCUAAAGGGCAGCGAUUUUACCAUUGAACAUUACCAUCCAUAUGCGGCAUUAACAGUCAGUCAUAUUGAGAACUAUGGUAUUCCUUCAGAUCUUUCUAUGUCUCCACGAGAGAGCAUCCAGCUUUAUGACACAAUGGUAAAAGUCUGGCAAGAGUGGCCAAGGGCACAGGAGCUAGAUCCUGAGGAGUUUGUCUCUUUCAAGAAUAAAGUAGUAAUAAAAAAGGCAGAUGCAAGGAAAUAUGAACAGGAACUGAAGAAAGAACUAAGCAAAUGGAUUGUGCUUGGCCAAAGGCAGAAGGUGAAUGAACUACUGGAGCACCUUAAGCCAAAAUCUGAGGAUUGCUCAGGAGAGGAGAAGAUGAAGCAUUUUGCAAACUUUGUUGAUAAGUUACAUGAGAUGGAUAAGUUGCCUGCCAUAUUUUUUAUAUUUAACAUCAAUUCAGUGGAAUCGGCAGCCAUGACUGUAUUCUCUGAAUUGCUGGAAAAACAAAAGAGUGUACAAGGUCCAGAUCCUGAGAGUGAAAAAGAGGAUGUAAGGAAAAAACUAGGAAAAGUGACCAAAAUGCUAACAAAAUUCCCUGAGGAUACUAGAAGGAUGAGCGCUCAAGAAAUUAAUACAAUGGAACUUCUUUUGGCUAAAAAAACCCACCUAGAAAAAAGGCUUAAAGUGCUAACUACUGUCCCUUCUGGGUGUACUUACGCUGAUGAUAAAGCAGUGGAUGACGAUACUUUGAGGAAGAUUUUUCAUCCUCUUACAUUUGAGAGCAAAGGUUCUCUGCAGCAAAAAAUGGCACUGAAGGGAAUUGGGUAUCAUCACGGAUCUAUGUCUGCUAGGCAAAGACGAGUAGUGGAGAUGCUUUUCAGGCUGGGAUACGUGAAGGUAGUCACAGCUACUUCAUCUCUUGCUCUAGGAAUCAACAUGCCAUGUAAAUCUGUUGUUUUCACUGAAGAUUCUGUCUAUUUAGAUGCCUUAAAUUACAGACAGAUGUCUGGGCGUGCUGGAAGACGGGGACAAGACAUGAUUGGAAAUGUGUUCUUCUAUGACAUUCCACUGCCCAAAGUUGAAAGACUUAUCAAAUCCAAUGUACCUCAGUUGAAAGGCCAGUUUCCUCUGACUGUUUCCUUAAUAUUGAGACUCAUGCUGUUUGCUGCGAAGGCUGAUGACAAAGCAGAUGCUAGAGCAAAGGUUAUGUCAGUGUUGAAGCAUUCACUGAUGUCAUUCAAAAAAGAAAGAUAUGCUGAAAUAUUAAAAAUUUAUUUUGUGUUUUCCUUGCAAUUUCUUAUCAAAGAGGGCUACUUGGAUCAAGAAUGUAACCCCAUGGGAUUUGCUGGACUUGUGACACACUUGUACUAUCAUGAACCUUCAAAUUUUGUUUUAGUGAGCUUUCUUGUGAAAGGUUUAUUGCACAAAUUGUGCCAGCCAGUUGAAGGCUCAACUGUUUUUUCAGAAGAUGUCCUGGAAACGCUAGUUCUCAUUCUAGCAAACUUAUUUGGGAGAAAGUAUCUUCCAGCCUGCUCAAUGAAAUACAAACGCAAAUCUUCCCAGUCAAAGGUCUUCCUAGAAGAUCUACCAAAAGACUUUGCAGAUGCUUUAGAUGAAUACAACACCAAAGUACAGGAAUAUUUUGCUCAUUUUCUUCUGACAACUGCCAAGCUGGCAGAUAUGGAACAAGAAUACAAACUUCCACUGUCAAAGACAGACUUUACAUCUCAGAAUUGGCAUGGCUCUGAACUAGCAUCUUAUUUGAUGGACAACACCAAAAGCAUAUCUGCCAUCUCACCUUUUGCAUGUUUAUCUGGAGUGGUUGAUAAUGAUCUAUUUCAUGGGGACAUCAUUAAUACAGCCGUCUUACAUUCUCUUGGAAUUAAUGUCGGAAACUGCCCCCUACUUCAUUUGAAGAAGUACGAUAAUCAGGGAAGGAGGAUGCCACUCAAUGCAUAUGCACUGGAUUUUUAUAAGCACGGUUCCUUGACUGCAUUGACAACUGAUAACUGGUUAAAUGAAGGAGAUGCUUACAACGCCCUCAAGGAUUUUUCACUCACCAUUAAGGCUAUUGGAAUAAGUCUGAGUGAACUAUGUGAUGAUCCAGAUGAUAAUGUUCUACUGGCAUUUAAACAACUGAGCGAGGAAUACGAAGAGAAACUGAAGAAUAAAACCUGAAGAAUAAAAACAAACCCAAAGCAGCAGAUAUUCUUACCACACAAAUAGCAGCCUUUAAGUUAGAAAACUUCUAGAUCUGAGUCACCAAGUGAAAUUUCAGAAUAAAGCUUUAGUUAUUAGUCAGUAUCAGUAAUACAAAGUUUACUUUAGGAAGUUAACCUUCACUAAUUGACAUUUUAGCAGCUCUAAUGUCAACUAAAUAAUUUUUUUAAUAGAUUGCAAAACUAAGUAAUCGUACAUUAUCUUUCAGUUGCACUUUUUUUUUCAGGCAGUGGCAUAUAUGUUAAGACGGCUCUCACAGAUAUACUAAAGAUUGUCACAGUUCUGACAGCUGGUGAGAUUAGCCUCUCAGUAGGACAAUAUUAGAAACUUUCAGCUCCUUGGUGAAGGAUGUUCAGCAAUUAUAAUAAGAUAAAUUGUUCUGUUUUCCAAGAUUUCUAUUAAAUUUUGAAAUAGUAUCUUCAUGAACCAUUAUAAAAGCUUUUAAACUGGUCUGCAGGUUUAGUUUACAAAAUUUUAUAGAGGGUUUUACACCAGAACAGGGAAGUUUGAUUAAUAAAAAGUUCCAACCCUAUUGCUUCAUUUUUCAACUCUUUAAGAGUCAGAAAGAUCCAGAACACUUCCAGCAUACUUGUCAA